AUGAACAGCGCAGGAACAGAACAGAAAGACCCGAAGGAGAAGGAUUCAGUAGUAGCGGCACACUUCUCUGGAAGAAAACAACCCGGUCAAGGUGUAUUGUUACCGACAGCUCUAAUCGAUGUUAUUUCAGACAAGAAUAACUCACACGUCGUACGGGCUCUACUUGAUCAGGGGUCACAAGCCUCGUUUAUCACUGAGAAGAUAGUCCAAGCACUUGGUUUGAAGAAAUCAAAAUGUCACAACGAGGUCGUUGGCAUAGGUGAAGGCAAUAACAAACUGUACUUAAAAAAUACAGUUACUUUUAAGCUGAGAUCGAGGUAUGACACAACCUUCAACCUAAUUGUCCAUGCAUUUGUUUUAAGAUCCAUAACAACCCUUUUACCGACCUGGGGUAUAAAGGGGUCCACCUGUACUUUGAUAAAAGAUUUACCGUUGGCAGAUGCAACGUUUGAUACUCCUGGUAGAAUUGACUUAUUAUUAGGUGCCGAUGUAUACAGUAAGAUUCUAGACAAUGGCGUAGUAAAAAGUACAGAUGGUGUAGUAGCACAGUUCACUCGUUUAGGAUGGAUCCUGUCGGGUGAAGUCACGGAUCAAAAACAAAACGGGCAAAAAGAAGUUAUUAGUAUGCACAUCAGAACAUUAGAUAAUGAUUUACUCAAGAAGUUUUGGGAGAUAGAAGCAGACUUAGGAAGUAGUAAGAAAAUAUUAACAAAGGAAGAAGAGAUAUGUGAGACAAUAUAUAAAACUACUACAAAAAGAGACGAGAAUGGAAGAUAUAUCGUAAACCUUCCAUUAAAACAAUCUCCUGAAGAAACUAUUGUAACAUGCGGUAAUACAAAGGAUCAAGCCAUGCGAAGAUUUACACAUUUAGAAAAUAGAUUUAAAAAGAAUCAUUCUCUAAAGGAAGAAUAUCAAAAAGUGAUUAAGGAGUAUUUAGAGUUAGGACACAUGGUUAAGAUAGAUGAAGAAGCACAAUGUUUGUAUUUACCACAUCACGCAAUUGUAAGAGAAGACAGAGAUACUACAAAGGUACGAGUAGUAUACGAUGCCUCCGCGAAAGGUAGUAACGGUUAUUCUCUCAAUGAUUGUAUGCUAAUUGGACCAACACUUCAACCCGAUCUACGUACUUUACUAAUUAAAUGGAGAUCAUACAAAGUUUGUAUUGUAGGAGAUAUUGUUAAGAUGUAUAGACAAAUAAAAAUCGCUGAAGAACACUCAAACUUACAAUGCAUCGUAUGGCGCGACGAACAGGAACAACCUUUGGAACACUACAAAUUAGUUACAGUUACAUUCGGCACUGCGGCAGCGCCUUUCCUUGCUGUUCGGACUCUAGUUCAGUUAGCCGAGGAUGAAGGACAUAAAUAUCAUACCGCAUCUCAAAUCUUAAAGGAUUCUUUUUAUAUGGACGAUCUGAUGACAGGAGCAGAGACAGUAGAACAAGCAUUUAAGAUCUAUGAAGAAAUAAACAGUUUAUUAUUAGAUGGAGGCUUUGAGAUGCAAAAAUGGUCCAGCAAUUCAAGUGAGUUAUUAAGUCAGAUGAAGAAUAAGUCCAGUUGUGAGAUAGAAAAGUUGACAUUUAAAAUGGAUCCUAUAUUCAAGAUUCUAGGUUUGACAUGGAAUAGGCAGGAUGACAGUUUUCACAUUACAGUCCACUUACCAGAGUUGUCUUAUUCCAUUACUAAAAGAUACAUUUUAUCAGAUAUUUCUCGAUUAUUUGAUCCAUUUGGAUGGUUAUCACCUGUUAUCGUGACUGCGAAAGUAUUUAUACAGAAGUUAUGGCUUUGUAGAAGUGAUUGGGACGAGGAACUGCCACUUGAUUUAAUUAAUCAAUGGACUAAAUAUAGAGAGGAGUUGAGUAAUUUACAAACUAUUAAGUUACCAAGAUGGUUGAAAUUACAUUCAAAGAAUAAAGUCGUGGAGAUACAUGGAUUUGCAGAUGCCUCAACAACUGCAUAUGCUGCAGUUGCGUACCUGAGAGUAAUUACAGAAGAAAAUGAAGUGAGUGUUGAUUUAAUAGCUGCCAAAACUAAAGUAGCUCCAUUAAAACAAUUAUCUGUUCCAAGAUUGGAAUUAUGUGCUGCUGUACUACUAACACGCUUGCUGAAUGAAGUAAGAAAUAUUUUGAAUAUUCCUAAAGAAAAUGUCUUCGCCUGGACGGAUUCCACGGUAGUUCUGUCUUGGCUGCAGUCACCGCCAAGCAGAUGGAAAACUUUUGUAGGCAAUCGAGUUUCAGAAAUUAUACAAUUAAUGGAUAACGAUAAAUGGCAUCACGUACGGUCUUUGGAGAAUCCAGCUGAUCCCGCUUCUCGUGGAAUUAGUGCACGAGAGUUACGAACAAACGAAUUAUGGUGGCAUGGACCGAGCUGGCUAAGAAAAGAAUACAUUUUGUACGAAAAAAAAGACAUUCCAUCGACAGAAUUAGAAAUCAAGAAAAAUGACAUUAAGGCACUACAUGUUUCAGGUGAAGUUUCUAUAUGGGAAAGAUUUUCUAACUUAAAUAAACUAAAAAGAGUAUUAGCAUACUGCCGGAGAAUGACGUUUAAGAAAUCGGAGAAGAAAUCUACUUAUUUAACUACUGAAGAAUUGAAAAUAGUAAUGGACAGAUUUAUAUUACACUACCAGGAUAUGUGCUUUAGUGAAGAAAUUCAAGACUUGAAACAACACAAUAAGGUGAAAAGGAGAAGUAAACUGAUUACUUUAGAUCCAUUUGUUGACAGAGAUGGCAUAUUGAGAGUAGGAGGCAGGUUGAAUGAGGCCAGUUUGUCAAAUGAUUUUAAACAUCCGGUUAUUAUACCUAACAAGACUCACCUCAUGAAGUUGAUAAUAAAGGAUGCACAUCUUAAAACAAUGCAUGGAGGUCCGCAGUUAAUGAUGUCAUACAUUAGAACAAAGUUUUGGAUGUUUGGGCUAAAAUCUGCAGUACGACAAUGCGCAAGAGAAUGUACAGUUUGUAUUAGACAUAAAGGUACAACUUAUCAGCAACUAAUGGGUCAGCUGCCUGCGAUGCGUGUUACACCACAAAGACCUUUCCUAAACACUGGCGUUGAUUAUGCUGGUCCUGUGCUGAUCAAGACAUCAAAAGGGAGAGGAAACAAAUCUACAAAGGCAAAAGAAUUAAAGAAAAUGUUUAUAAAGACUCGCGCAAGUGUCAUCAAAGAUAUAGCAGAAAUAUUAGCUACAGAAGGUACAGAUUGGCAUUUUAUACCGCCAAAAUCACCUAAUUUUGGAGGACUUUGGGAAGCGGGGGUGAAGUCGGCCAAAAGACAUUUAACAAAGGACGGAGUCAUUCCACCUUCCACAGCCAUGUGA